AUGGACACGCUACAAGCAGUCGGUUUUGUUACAAAAACGCGACCCGUCCAGGCCUACAAAAAUGCUGUAAUGGAUUCGAGGUGCGAAAGGGCGAAGCUUUCAAAACGCGAGUCCAAACCGAUACCUCAUCGGGCACGGGGGAGUCACAAAUAUCGCCAAUAA